UCUCACUGCUAUUUGAAAUUCGUUUCGUUCCAUGGGAGUUCAUUGGUUCAUUGUCAAUUCUUUAAUAAGGAAAUCAGUCGUUGUUCAAUUAUUCAACCGAAAGCAUCAAAAAUGAAGUUCAUCAUCGCUCUCGUCGUAGCUCUUGCAGCAGUCGCUUCUGCCAAGGAAAUUUGGGAAGGAAAAGUAUACAAAAACUAUGAAUCGGAAAAUUUCGAUGAAUACAUGAAGGAACUUGGUGUUGGAUUUUUUACGCGCAAGAUCGGUAACGCCGUUUCACCGACCGUUGAAUUGAAAAAACUCGACAAUGGCAAAUACCAGCUGCUCACCAAAUCGACAUUCAAGGAUUCAACGAUCGAAUUCGAAUUGGGCAAGGAAUUCGAUGAGAAAACCUUGGACGAUCGUAAUGUGAAGAGUGUUAUUACAAUGGAAGGCAACAAAUUGAUCCAGAGACAAGGCGGUGAUCCACCAUCCACUCUAAUUCGUGAAUUUGGCGACAAAGAAAUGAUCGCAACCAUGACAGUUAACAAUGUUGUUUGUACCCGUAAAUAUCGCGUCGAAGAAUAGAUUCGAUUAAAUUCGUCUACGAAAAAAAAAGAAUUGUUCCAGUACAAAUACCUACACACAGACAUAAUAUCGAAAAAAAUAUACCGAACACACAUCAACGUUAAAACACAUACAUUAUCAUGAAGUCGUUUUCAUAUAUCCAAGUGAUCCGUGUCUGGACUUAGUUUAAAAAAACAACUUUGAUAACAACAACACAUUUGAGGAAAUAGUUUUGAGAAUUUUACGGAAAAUAGUUCGUUUUAGUCGUUUUUGUAACGUUUUUUUUUUUGUUGAGAUUUCAAAAUAAAGUAAAUAAAAAUAGAUGCAAUGUACAAUGGAAAUGAAAGACGAAAGAGAAAAUAAAGCGUAUAGAAUAACAUGAGCACAAAAA